UCGGCUGACGUGCGCCGCAGUCGGAGCCUCAGACGCGCGGGCUCAGGGACAGCGAGGGGCUGCCAGAGGCGACAGCUUCUUCACGACUGACGGUGCUUGCUGGACUCCCCGGCCAGCGCUCCAAGGCUGAGAGGUGGGCACCACGUUAGAACGAAUCUGUGAUAUUCUUCCUCAGCAACGCCCACCCCUGCUUGCUGAAGACCCACCAAGCUGCUGUCAGCUGUUGGCAUCAACCUGAGAAAAAGACAGCUUCAAAAAUCAGGGAAAUGUUCAGGAAACUCUUGGCCCACUAGAUCCUCCAAAGUUUCCUGCAUGAAAAUUACUUAGACAUUGCACACAAAUCUUUUGUGAAAGAAGAAAAAGAAAUUCAGUUUGUGGGUCUCAGCAGGAGUUAAGCUAAUGCAGCUUAAAAUAAUGCCGAAAAAGAAGCGCUUAUCUGCAGGCAGAGUGCCCCUGAUUCUCUUCCUGUGCCAGAUGAUUAGUGCACUGGAAGUGCCUCUUGAUCCAAAACUUCUUGAAGACUUGGUACAGCCUCCAACCAUUACUCAACAGUCUCCAAAAGAUUACAUUAUUGACCCUCGAGAGAAUAUUGUAAUCCAAUGUGAGGCCAAAGGGAAACCUCCUCCAAGCUUCUCCUGGACCCGAAAUGGGACUCACUUUGACAUAGAGAAAGACCCUCUCGUUACUAUGAAGCCUGGCUCAGGAACCCUCGUAAUAAACAUCAUGAGCGAAGGGAAAGCCGAGACCUAUGAAGGAGUCUAUCAGUGCACAGCUAGGAAUGAACGUGGAGCUGCAAUUUCGAAUAACAUUGUUGUCCGUCCGUCUAGGUCACCACUGUGGACCAAAGAAAAACUUGAACCAAUAACACUUCAAAGUGGCCAGUCUUUGGUACUUCCCUGCAGACCCCCAGUUGGAUUGCCACCACCUAUAAUAUUCUGGAUGGAUAAUUCCUUUCAAAGACUUCCACAAAGUGAGAGGGUUUCCCAGGGUCUGAAUGGAGACCUUUAUUUUUCCAAUGUUCUCCCAGAGGAUACUCGUGAAGACUAUAUCUGUUAUGCCAGAUUUAACCACACUCAAACCAUACAGCAGAAGCAACCUAUUUCUGUGAAGGUGGUGUCAGUGGAUGAAUUGAAUGACACUAUAGCUGCUAAUUUGAGUGACACUGAGGUUUAUGGUGCUAAAUUAAAUAGAGAGAGGCCACCAACAUUUUUAACUCCAGAAGGCAACACAAGUAACAAAGAGGAAUUAAGAGGAAAUGUUCUUUCACUAGAGUGCAUUGCAGAAGGACUGCCUACGCCACUUAUUUACUGGAUGAAAGAAGAAGGAACACUACCCUUCAACCGGACAUAUUAUAAGAACUUUCAGAAAACGCUACAGAUCCUUCAGGUUUCAGAAGCAGACUCCGGAAAUUACCAAUGUAUAGCAAAAAAUGCAUUAGGAUCUAUUCAUCAUACCAUUUCUGUCACAGUGAAAGCGGCUCCAUACUGGAUCACGGCACCUCAAAACCUUGUGCUGUCCCCAGGAGAGAACGGGGCCCUAAUCUGCAGAGCUAACGGCAACCCCAAACCCAGAAUUAGUUGGUUAUCAAAUGGAGUCCCAAUAGAAAUUGCCCCUGAUGACCCCAGCAGAAAAAUAGAUGGUGAUACCAUUAUUUUUUCAAAUGUUCAAGAAAGAUCCAGUGCAGUGUAUCAGUGCAAUGCUUCUAACGAAUAUGGAUACUUACUGGCAAAUGCAUUUGUAAAUGUGCUGGCUGAGCCACCACGAAUCCUUACAUCUGCGAACACACUCUAUCAGGUCAUUGCAAACAGGCCUGCUUUACUAGAUUGUGCUUUCUUUGGGUCUCCUCUGCCUACCAUUGAGUGGUUUAAAGGAACUAAAGGUAGUGCUCUUCGUGAAGAUACUUAUGUUUUACAUGACAAUGGAACUUUGGAAAUUCCUGUGGCCCAAAAGGACAGUACAGGAACUUAUACCUGUGUUGCAAGGAAUAAGUUAGGAAUGGCAAAGAAUGAAGCCCACUUAGAAAUCAAAGAUCCAACCAGGAUCAUUAAACAGCCCGAAUUCUCAGUUGUGCAAAGAGGGAGUACAGUGUCCUUCGAAUGUAAAGUGAAACAUGAUCACACAUUAAUCCCUACUGUUCUCUGGCUGAAGGAUAAGGGUGAGCUGCCCAAUGAUGGAAGGUUCACUAUUGACAAGGACCACUUGGUGGUAACUGAUGUAAGUGACGAUGAUAAUGGAACCUACACGUGUGUGGCCAAUACAACUCUGGACAACGUUUCUGCCAGCGCUGUGCUUAUUGUUGUUGCUCCUACUCCAACUCCAGCUCCCAUUUACGAUGUCCCAAAUCCUCCCUUUGAUUUAGAAUUGACAGAUCAACUCGACAAAAGUGUUCAGCUGUCAUGGACCCCAGGCGAUGACAACAAUAGUCCUAUUACAAAAUUUAUCAUUGAAUAUGAAGAUGCGAUGCAUGAGGCAGGGCUAUGGCACCACCAAACUGAAGUUCCUGGGACGCAGACCACAACUCAGCUGAAGCUGUCACCUUAUGUGAUCUACUCCUUCCGAGUGAUGGCAGAGAACAGCCUCGGGAGGAGUUUGCCCAGUGAGCGAUCUGAACAGUAUUUGACUAAAGCUGCAGAACCAGAUAAAAAUCCCACAACUGUGGAAGGACUAGGAUCAGAGCCCGAUAAUUUGGUGAUUACAUGGAAGCCCUUGAAUGGUUUUGAAUCUAAUGGGCCAGGCCUUCAGUACAAAGUGAGCUGGCGCCAGAAAGAUGGCGAUGAUGAAUGGACGUCUGUGGUUGUGGCAAAUGUAUCCAAAUAUAUUGUCUCAGGCACACCAACCUUUGUUCCAUACCUGAUAAAAGUUCAGGCCCUGAAUGAUGUAGGGUUUGCUCCAGAACCAGCUGUAGUCAUGGGACAUUCUGGAGAAGACCUCCCAAUGGUGGCUCCUGGGAACGUGCAAGUGACAGUGGUGAACAGCACCUUAGCUGAGGUGCACUGGGACCCAGUCCCUCUGAAAAGCAUCCGAGGACACCUACAAGGCUAUCGAAUUUACUACUGGAAGGCACAGAGUUCAUCAAAAAGAAACAGACGCCACAUUGAGAAAAAGAUCCUCACUUUCCAGGGCAGCAAGACCCAUGGCAUGUUGCCGGGGCUGGAGCCCUUCAGCAACUACACACUGAACGUCCGUGUGGUCAACGGGAAAGGGGAGGGCCCAGCUAGCCCAGACAGAGUCUUUGGGACCCCAGAAGGAGUUCCCAGUGCCCCGUCCUCUUUGAAGAUCAUUAAUCCAACACUAGACUCUCUCACUUUGGAAUGGGAUCCUCCGAGCCACCCAAAUGGCAUUUUGACUGAGUACAUCUUAAAAUAUCAACCAAUUAACAGCACCCAUGAAUUAGGCCCACUAGUAGAUUUGAAAAUUCCUGCCAACAAGACUCGUUGGACUUUAAAAAAUUUAAAUUUCAGCACUCGGUAUAAGUUUUAUUUCAAUGCACAAACAGCAGCAGGAUCAGGAAGUCAAAUAACAGAGGAAGGAAUAACAACUGUGGAUGAAGCUGGUAUUCUUCCACCCGAUGUAGGUGCAGGCAAAGUAAAUCCCAGGAUCAACAAACUUACUGUCGCAGCUGCUGAAACCUAUGCCAAUAUCAGUUGGGAAUAUGAGGGACGAGAGCAUGUCAACUUUUAUGUUGAAUAUGGUGUAGUUGGCAGCAAAGAAGAAUGGAGGAAAGAAAUUAUAAAUGGUUCUCGGAGCUUCUUUGGGUUAAAGGGUCUAAUGCCAGGAACAGCAUACAAAGUUCGAGUUGGUGCUGAGGGGGACUCUGGUUUUGUGAGUUCUGAGGAUAUGUUUGAGACAGGCCCAGCAAUGGCAAGCCGGCAGGUGGACAUUGCAACUCAAGGCUGGUUCAUUGGUCUAAUGUGUGCUGUUGCUCUCCUUAUCUUAAUUUUGCUGAUUGUUUGCUUCAUCAGAAGAAACAAAGGUGGUAAAUAUCCAGUUAAAGAGAAGGAAGAUGCCCAUGCUGACCCUGAAAUCCAGCCUAUGAAGGAAGAUGAUGGCACCUUUGGAGAAUACAGGUCUCUUGAAAGUGAUGCAGAAGACCACAAGCCUUUGAAAAAAGGUAGUCGAACACCUUCAGACAGGACUGUGAAGAAAGAAGACAGUGAUGACAGCCUAGUGGACUAUGGAGAGGGUGUGAAUGGCCAGUUCAAUGAGGAUGGCUCCUUUAUUGGACAGUACAGUGGUAAGAAAGAGAAAGAGCCAGCUGAAGGAAAUGAAAGCUCAGAGGCACCUUCUCCCGUCAAUGCCAUGAAUUCCUUUGUUUAAUCUGCAAGCCUCUUGCCAAUAUCCCAUUCCUCCAGAAUGUUCCUCUCCAGCACUUCUCAUACUGUGCGCAUAGAGGCAGGAAGUAUAUAUUCUGCUGUUAUGUGAAUGUUAUGAGAACAGUUAAAGUAAGAACAUAAUUCAACCAGAUGAUUUAUUAAUGUGAACUGCAGUACAAAGCGCACAGUUUUUCAUUCAAAAUAGGUAUUCUUGAUUUUCUCAAAACUGAUAAAAAAUAGUACAUCACCAACAGAUCGUGUUAUUUCCUCUUCAGGAUACGGUUCAACAUGAUGCAUGAAAAAUGCUGCACAGUUAAAGAACAUACCUGCGUAUGUUACUAAAAUAUGGUUUGAUACUUUGUUUAUACUAUCCUCAGCUGAAACCCUAAAUAUGAAUUCAGUUUUCAUUGUCAAGAGUGUUGCUAUAGUGUUCUUUAGAACUUCAAUGUCUUUGUGGACAUUGUUGUGAAAUUGGUGACUCUGUGUCUAGCUGUUAGUCUUUUGGGGAGACUGUUAGGAACAGUAUGUACAGUAUAUACUUGCUAAAUGAGUUAAUCAUGACAGUUGCAUUUGCUGACGCUUACUGAGACUCUGUUACCUGCUCUUCGCUCCUGUUACUUCGUAGCCUUCAUAAUCUUCCAGGUAUUACAACGGUACAGUGUUCUACUCUUUACAUCAUCUCUACAUUCGGUUGUUUUUAGGCAUAAAUAAUGUGUAUUACAAUGUAUUUUGGCAUUUGUGCCAUGCUUAAAGAAUCAGAAACAAAUCGCUCUAAUUAAAUUCCAAAACUUGUUCCAGAAAGCACAGGGCAAGACACAUGCAGUGCCUUCAGACAAGAAGCAUUCCAUAACAUACUGCCUUCUGUGUCAAAGAUGCAGUUGACACAGAGUUCUAGAUGACUGUCAUUAAGAGUAACUUUUAAAAAAAAGCAGAGAUAAUGGAAGUGGCCAUGCUGGGAAAAAAAGGAAAUGUGAAAAUAAAAUUAAUAAAACAGCUUAUUUUAAGAAGAAUUGUCCCCAUAUGUAUGAAAAGAAAAACUUUAUCACCAACUGGAAUGCAUGAUGAUUUUUUUUAGCCUUUUAUGGUUUCUACUAAAAUAUGUCCCAUUCAGUAAGAAGGAUGUCAACUUGGUGGAAAACUUGUUUUAAAAACAAGUUAUUUCAAAACUAAAAGCAUAUAACAGCAUGGCAACAGGAAUGUAUUCCCUCUUUUACCCAUGUGGUAGCUUUUGAAACUCUCUGCAGCAUUGAAAGAUGUGGAUGCAAAUUGCUAUGGACACAUUUCAGAAUCUAAAAAGUCUAGUAAGUGCUAACAAGACCAAGAGUCAAACAGAGUACAUCUGCAGUUUCAAAAUACAUAUACUCUACCAUGUUCAUAAACAAUAUCUAUUAAGUGGUUUACCUCCAAAUAUAAAAUUCUAUAACAACCUAUGGUUGAAGGAAUGCUCAGUUUCAUUUGCCAAUAAAUUGGUUUCUCAUAACUUGCAUCAAGUUUAAUUUUAAGUAAAGCUUUUUAUAUGUAGAUAUUUUGUUGAAUUUGUAAAUACACUUAAAAUGUAGAUGCUAUAUGCUUAUAGGUGUCACAUACAAAUAAACAUGCAAACAAUGUUUAUGUUGUACUGUAUAAAAAGCUAGCUAAUUAAUAGAGUGCAUGGGACUAGAAAGCAUUUAAAUUCCUUUGGACUUUAUUUUCCCUUUUUGCUGUGAAACUUAAAAAGUGAACUGUUCUACACACUGACAACAGUGUGCAGAUUUUUCUAGAUGAACUCUUCAGAGCUUUUCCUGUGGGGCUCAGUAAGCCGAGUCACGUGGCAUCUUUGAUACAUGUAGGUAAAGCAGAAUUUGAAAUAAUCCCAGGUGAAGAUGGCCCUAUAUACUUUCACAUCUCCAUAUUUGCUUUUUACGGAUCAGCCUUUCUAACAGAAAUACAAAAAGACAAAACAGGCUUGCCUUGGCAUCAGAGAGCACAAAGACAAAAGUUACUUUAAAUUUGCCAGUGUUUGGGGGAACCAAUCAAAGUGCAGUUUUUACUCAUCCAUAACAGUAGAUACUAAAUUUACCUGUGCAGGAAGUGCAACAUAUUUUGUAUUAAAAUUAAAUGUGGUUUUUAAAGUCCCUCUCUCUUUCAUAAUAUAUCAUAUUCCUAGUGGAGUGUGAAUGUCCAGUGGUAUAUGUAAUGGUACAGGCAGGUAUGACUGGAUUGCAUCAAAAAGUAACCAUUAAACAGCCUUGAUCUCUUUG